GUUGGCUUUCUACUACUCUACAUAACACCUUUCAGAUCAGAGCUCAAACACAGCAUAGCCAGAGAUGAAGACUUCUCACGUUGUACUUUUCUUGCCAGCUCUUAUAGGAGCAACAACAUGCCUGUUACUGAGAAAACAUAUUUUUGUGAACAUACCUUUGAAUUGGCUCAAGGCUCAGACACACUGCAGAGAAAACUACGUAGACCUUACGACUGUUGACAGCCCAGAGGAAAUAGGCAGAUUCAAAACUGAUAUAAAAGAUUAUCUUUCUAUUCGAAGCUGGACCGGACUUGCCAAGAGGCCAGAUCAGAUGGACUACAGUUAUUGGUCUGAUGGAACUGUAGUAGGAUAUGUCCCAUGGGAAGCUGGUAAACCAGAUGGCGGGACAACUCAAAACUGUGUUACUAUAGAAAAUGUUGCGUUAAAUGAUUAUUUUUGUGAUCAGACUAAACCAUUUGUAUGCUACGCUUGGCAGCCUGCACUAGUCAUGGUGCAAGAUCUGAUGACCUGGUAUGAGGCACUACUACACUGCAGAACACAGUACACUGACCUGAUAAGCCUGAGCACAGGAACAGAUAUCUUCGCAGUCAACAACAAAAUCGGGAACUUUCUGAACGUUACAUUGUGGACAGGUCUGAACUUUUUGGAUGGCUCACGGUUUUGGGUGAACAAAGAGCCUGUGGUGAACCCAUACUCACUGCCUUCAUGUCCCAUCCAACCUUUCCGUUGUGGAGCUAAAGUUGGAGUUGAUGAACACUUGAAGAACACAGACUGCAUGACGAAGAUGAUCUUCAUAUGCUACCACAUGUAAGGGUGAAGUGACUGACACCAAUCAAGAUGAGGAAGAAAAAAGAGAGAUUUAUUAUGUCCACUUAAAUUCUAAAUCUGUGUGUGUGUGUGUUUGUGUGAGAGAGAGUGAGCAGCAAAUUUAUAGCAAAUGUUUCCUAAUAUAUAUAUAUAUAUAUAU